AGGGUUUAUGCAAUGCGCGGGCUAUGGGCGGGCGGAGGCGCCGCGAUCGCCAAUGCGCGCGCCAGGUAUCUCUCCAAUAUCGCAAUGUCGCAUCGCCCGCUCCCCCCGGCAGAGAUUGAGCGCCUGGCCGAGAUAAUCCUGCGACAGGUGAUGGAUUCCAAGCGAGCCGGGGAAGGAAUCGAGAAAUCCCUGGGUCUGUAUGGCGAUAUUCUAGUCCCUGACCUCGUCGGCAAGGUGAUCCACCGGAUUCCGGAUCCAAACACCGCCUGGGAGGUGUUCCAGUGGGCCGGGAAGCAAUCCAAGUUCACGCACAACAGGUUUACUUGCAACAAUCUCCUCAGCGUCUACGUGAAGGCCCGGCGCGUCGAGGACGCGCAUCUCUUCUUCCAGAGCCACAUGAAGAACGUCUUCGAGCCGGACGAGGUGUCUUACAACACGCUCAUGAAUGGUUUCUUCAAGGCUGGCGACGUGAAGAAGGCGCUGGCGCUGUUUGGAGAGAUGAAGGACUCCGGCAUUGCGGUCCUGAGGUCUCACAACAUUGUUCUUCGAGGGCUGUGCUCCGGGGGAAAGAUCUCCAUGGCCUGGGAGGUUUUCAAGGACAUGAGUGGGAUUUUCUCGCCGAACCUCAUCUCGUACACCAUCAUGAUCGAUGGCCUUUGCAAGAGCCGCAAGGUGGACAAGGCCAUCACGCUCUUCAAGCAGAUGGUGGACAAGGCUAUCUACCCGGACGUGGUCACGUAUGGUGCUCUGAUCGAUGGGCUUGGCAAGCAGCGCCGGGUGAAGGAAGCUUAUGACUUGUUCGAGGAGGCCAGGGCGAAAGGAUGCCACCCGACUGUGGUGACUUACAACACCAUGAUCGACGGGCUUUGCAAGUGUGGAAGGAUUGAGAACGCUUUGACGCUCUACGACGACAUGGUGAGAGAGCCACACUUGAAGCCGGACAUGUUCACGUACAGCGCUCUCAUAAACGGUCUCAACUUAUCCAACAGAGGGGAGAAGGCUUACGAGCUGUAUGAAGAAAUGCUGGACACCGGCUGCUCGCCCGACGUUGUAACUUACAACACUCUCCUGGACGGGCUCUGCAAGUCGGGUUGCGAGGACAAGGCGAUGGAGAUUUUCAGGAAGAUGGGAGUUGGGAACGUUUGCGAUCCCAACGUGAUCACCUACACAGUUCUCAUCGACAGGUUUUGCAAAGUGGAUCGGCUGGGAGAUGCUGUGAAGCUGGCGAAAGAGAUGGAGGGCAGGUCUCUCCUCCCGGACGCCGUCACGUUCACGACGGUGAUCCAGAAGCUGUGCAAGGAGUCGAGAAUCGACGAGGCUCACGAGCUGUUUGAGAGCAUCGGAAAGACUUGCAAGCCGGACUCGGUGCUCUUCAACACGAUGCUUGCUGGCUACUGCAAGAUAACGAGGAUCGACGACGCAAAGAAGCUGCACGACCGAAUGCUUGACAGUGGCUGUGCUCCGACGCUCGCAACUUACACAGCUCUCGUCACUGGGUUCUGCCGCACUGGGAGAUACAGCGAUGCCUUGAUCAUGUAUCACGAGAUGAUCGAGAUGGGAUUUCCACCGGAGAGACAUCUAGCUGAGCUGGUCGAUCGGACUAGGACGGAUCAUCCCCCUCCUCGUCGUCCAUACUUCGUGACAACUGUGGUGGUUGUUCUCGAGAUCCUGGCCAGACUACCGCUGGAAGAAGUGCUGCGGCUGAGGUCCGUGUGUAGAUCCUGGAAGGCUGCCACAAGCGGCCAGCUCUUCAUCUCCAGGCAUGAAAAGUUCCAGAGGAAGUCGCCAUCGUUUUUCGUCUGCGGCUCCGAAGAGGGUACGUUUGUUUUGGAUCCGCGCAAGCAUGGAACAGACAGGAAGCUCUUGACUGCCCAGCAAAUCCCGAGGGAGUUCUUGUUGGAGCCAGCGGUGGCGUGCUUUGCUACGCUACAACCACGGUCCAUUACCGUCGACCUGGUGGUGUGGGAUCCUCGCGAAACAGUGCCACCAAACCUUCUACCCCAGGCUGGAGUUUGUCACCAUGGUUUUGCGCUUCUAGUUGUUUGGAAACUAAGAGCCGAUCCGGGGUUCGAACCCAUGAAGAGGGACCCUAUUUUUUUUUCGCUGAGAUUCGACCGUGUCACGUCUUCGUACUUGGAAAAAAAUUCUAUGAUUCAAAUAGCAUUUUUAGGGUUUAUGGGAUCGGGCAGAGGAUCGCCAAUGCGCCAGGCCCAAGAUGCAGUGGAAUAUGCGAAUGCGCGAGUCCAUAGCUCGUGGUGGCUAUGGCGGAUGGUUGUGGUAUGGCGACAGUUGGUUCGACUGUUUUCUUCUCCCGCUCGGAGCUUGGAGCGACGUUUGGUCGCGGCACUACAGGAAGGGAAGCUGCUGGACGAGGCCCUGGGGAGAAAGGGAGGAUUGGAUGGCUCUCUGGUGGCCUCGGUGAUGAGAAGUGUUGAUCCAGACUCCGCGAAGCAUUUCUUCCACUGGGCGAAGCAGCAAGUGGGCUUUUCACACACUUUGGAUACGUGCAAUGCGCUGCUGGAAGCUACUGUUCGAGCAGGGAGGAUCGGAGAGGCAACAGAACUGCUAGAGGCAGAGUUCAAGGCAGUGCUCAAGAAUGUUGUCACUUACAACAUCUUGAUCCGCGGCUUGUGCUCUGGUGGCGAUGCUGCUGGGGCCUUGGAGCUGUUCCACCGGAUGAGGAACUCGGGUGUUCGUGAGAACUCACAGACGUAUCUGAGCUUGCUCCAGGGGCUGUGCUCGGCAGGAAUGCUCUCGGCGGCAUGGAAGUGCUAUAGAGAUAUGUGGGACUUCUCUACGCACUUGGACGUCGUGGUGGUCACGACGUUUCUACACUGCUUGUGUAGAGCAGGAUCCGUGGACUCCGGGCUGGAAGUUGUGAAGCAGCUAGAGGCAGAGACGAAAUGCAUGCCGACUAUGGUGACUUACAAUGUUCUUAUCAACGGGCUGUGCAAGACCGGGAGAGUUUGUGAUGCCUUCACUGCCUUUAGAAAGGCGAUCCACUUCGGGUUUCGGCCAACAGUCGUCACGUACAGCACUCUCAUCGACGGGCUCUGUAGAGACCACGAGGUUGACAAAGGUUGCAAACUCCUGGAAGAGAUGGCAGGACGAGGCUGUGCUCCCAAUGCGGUCACCUACAAUACUUUGGUGAAUGCUCUCCUCGGCCAGGGUCGUUCAAAGGAAGCGUUCUCUCUUCUCGAACAGAUGGCAGCAAACGGAUGUCCUCCGGAGCUGAUUACUUUCGGCUUGAUCAUCAAAGGCCUCUGCAAAGAAGGAGAGAUCGAAGCAGCUUUUAGAGUGGUGGAUGAGAUGGUGGACAGAGGCUUCGUUCCAGACGUGGAGAUUCACACGGUUUUGCUGCAUGCUCUGUGCGAGCUAGGCCGAGUGGAUGAGGCGUGGUUCUUCUUCCAACAGGUACUGCUGAUCGGUUUCACUCCGGACGCGGUCACUUACAACACAAUGGUCGAUGGACUCUACAAAGCAGGGAGGCUAGAGGCAGCUGGAAUGGUAUUGCAGCUUCUGGCCGAGAGCCUCUCGUCUCCGACUGUUUUCACGUUCACCAUCGCGGUGGACGGUCUGUCCAAGGCAGGAAACUUGACCGGGGCUUCUGAAGUCUUCGACUCGAUGCCACAAACGGGAGUUUCUCCAAAUACUGUGACUUAUGACGCUCUCAUCGACGGCCUUUGCAAAGCAGGAAAGCUCGAUAUAGCGCUUGGCCUCUUAAGAGACAAAAGCUCGCAGGCAGGCAUGUUUGCGUUUAGCUCUCUUCUUCACGGGCUAUGCCAGGCUCACAGGCUCGAGGAAGCGAUCCAGCUGCUCAAAGCCAUGCCUUGCGUGCCGAACGUGGUCUGCUUCAACUCGCUGAUGAACGGGCUGUGCCAGGCUCGCAGAGUUGACGAGGCAUUCGAGCUUUUUGACGUGAUGAAGGAGUCCGGGUGCUCGGCCGACGUGAUCACUUACAACAUCUUGCUGAAGGGACUGUGCAAGCUGCGGAGGAUUCCAGAAGCUUACAAGCAUGUCGAGCUCAUGCGGCGGACGGAAGGCUGCUCUCCCAACGUGGUCACUUUCAGCACUCUCAUCCAGGGACUUUGCCACGCUGGGCGAGUGAACCAGGCCUGGGAAGUCUACGAGAGGAUGGUGGCGGUGGAGGGGAUCUCUCCUAACAGGUUCACGUACGCGUUCCUGCUGGAAGGACUCUGCAAAGCCGGUGACAGCCGUAGACUCGAGCAGUGUUUCGAGCAAAUGCUCGAAAGAGAGUGGAGGAGCUCAUCCUCAUGGCCGAUUCAUUCGCCCGAAGUGGACUUCCUCGUCUCCGGGUUUGCGAGAAACGGGCGAGCUGUCCUGGCUUACGGGAUGGCGAAGCUGAUGAUGGCAAGAGGAUUCGUCCCGGGUGCUGCUACGUGCCGUGCGGUGCUUGACGGGCUCUGGAAAGCAGGAGCCGCCAGAGAACACCGGGAAUUCGCCUCGCACCUCUUGAGCUCACAGGUUUGAUCAUUCUCGCAUCGAAAGA